GUAGGCUUUUAAAAUAAGUCAAAAAGCCGACACUAUUACAUUACAUCAAAAAAAUAUAUAAACUUCCACUAAAAUAUUAGUAACUUAUAAUAAAAUUAGAUAAAUAGCUAUAAGUCGAUAUACCUUUAAAAACAACAUGAAGAAAAAUAGUAGGACUAAGGCAAUCAGUGCCACUGUCUCCCUCAUCUCCCACAAGGAAGGAGUCAAAAUGACAGAGGACGAGAGGGUGCGCGAUGUAGAUCGUGACUAUGGCAUGAUGAAAACCCAUCAGUCGGGCACACCCUUUCCACGAAGAACCUUGCCCGUCGAUUCGGUUGCCCUCACGGCCAAGCUGGAGGCGGAGAAGAAACUAAAUAGGGUCUCCAUAGGUUCCGCCAACGAGAAGAGGGCAACACCAAUGCCGGUAAGGUACGGCAGCGAGCAUGAUCAUCACAGCGAACGGCAUAAAGACUUUGCCCAGCGACGCAAACUGUUCGACGAGGGCGAGUUCACCAUAUGCAAGGGACGCAAGCUGGGCGAUGAUUUUCAUCCCCUGGAUUUAGAAGAACACAACCUUCGAUUCGAGGCUUUAUUCAACAAACUCUCGGAGCGCAAGAGCUACGAUACUCGGAAUUUCGACGAACUGGCACAAUAUUGCUUGGCAAACAACCUCAAGAUAUCCAGUGGAGCAGCCAACAAUUAGUGACUAUACAAUCUUUGUAGUUGUGUGAAACAGGAACUAGGAGCAGAAAUAAAAUGCAGAAAUUGAGAUUUCUA